CAGAACCGAAAGUAUGCUGCCAAAACCGACGAUUCGUCCCUGUACAUACCGCAACCACCCUCAAUGGCGAAGCCCGCCGCGCAAACCGCAUCCCCCCUCAUCAGAGCCUCCAUCGGCAACCCGGGCGCUACCUACGCCAACACGCUCCACUCCGCCGGCCACAUCGUCACCUCCGCCCUCGCAGAAGCGAAACGCUAUGGCCCUUCCAGAAGCAUGUCGGCUAUUUCAAAACCUCCAGCCACACACAUGGCAUUCGGCCCUAACGGGAUACCGGCGAGUAGCGACAGACAAAGAGCAAUGGACGACUGGACAUCUGGCAAUCCACAUCGGAGGUUGGUGGUGUGCAUGAUGAGCUUGAUGUCUGCAUUGGGGAAGGUUACAAUUCGAGAUGGUGCUGCUGCGAGCGCGAAGGGCAUGUAUGGUUAA